AUGACUUGUUUAUUGAGAUACUCUUUCAUUAUCCUUACAGAGGCAUCAGAACUUAUUCGCCGUUUGCUUACUGUGGACCCGACAAAGCGAGCGACCAUUAUCGACAUAUGCACAGAUUCAUGGGUAAAUUACGGACAUGACUUAUCAUUACUUCAAGUGUCUGAGGACAUGGCUAAUCUCACACCAGUACGUAUUGAUCUCCUACUGGCCUUAGCUCCUGUUUCUCCACCUCCUCCUGAAUCUGGUAAGAUGGAAGACCAUCCACUAGCUGUACCUCAUGGACCAAAAGAUAAAAUAGCUGAAGAACCUUUACAAUCUGAAGAUCAAGUUGCAGAAGCUGAUGGUGAAGAAACAAAUGAAGAGGAUGACGGUGAGACAGUCACAAACAGUUUUGCUUAUAUUGAUGCCGGAGCAGAGGAUCAGUUGUGUAAUAGCUCAGCUGAUUUCCAAAAUGCCUCUCAACUCUUCCAGAGUGAGACAACAGACGAUGAAUUCCUCCCAUCUGCUGUUGCUGCAGCAAUGGAAGAUGGAAGUGGUAAACGUCCUGCUGAGAGAUCUUUUGAUGGUAAUCUUGUGAGAAUCUCAAGUCUUGCUCACCAAUCAAAGAAACCCCGUAAGUCUAACUCAGUUGCUCAGGCUGUUCCACAACCAACUGAAAACAGAAAAAAAGAUUCUUCAUCAGUUGAGUCUACAGCAGAUAAUGCCUCGGAAGUCACCUCAUUGUCUUUGAAAAAUGAAAAGUUUAUUGAAAAAGAAGACAAGCAUGAGAAUGAAGAAAGAAAGACUGCAGAAAGAAAGCAUUCCAUUACAGAUGAUCAAAGAAAUACACUUGCUGAGAAGGAAAUUCAUGAAAAAAUAAUGAGUAACAAAAGUGAUGAAGAAAUUAAUAUUACAAAGUAUAGUGCAUUAAAAGAUUCAAGCAGACAGGAUGAAGAAGAAGCUGAAAAAAAGAACCUUAAAUUAGCUAAUGAAAAAGAGAACAAAGAAAAGUCUCCUAAAACUGAGUCAACUGAGCAGGAAAAGGUUGAUAAAAACUCAGAAGCAGUCUGCCAAGAUGAACCUGUUAUUAAACCAGAAGAUGUCAAAGUUAUUGCACGAAAACCUGGUAAAAUCACUAUACCAAAAACAUUUGAAACAUCAGUAGGAUCUCCUUCCUCACAGUUUGCAGACGUUAGUAAGCUUUCACCUGUUAAGAGAAUUUUACAGAAUAAAAUGUCAUUCGAGGAGCAGAAAAAUGAAAAUUUGAAUAACCAUGAAUUAGAAAAAUCUUCAAGUAAUCUGCCAGUGGAAGCAAAAAAUGAUCAGUUGCAGCCCAUCGUAAGACCAAAACUCGAAGAAAAAGAAAUGAUAGAGACAGUUAAUGAUCAUAAAAAAACUCAAGAUACUGAAACAGAAAAAAAUAAAUCCACUCAGGCAAUCCAUGAAAAAGUAAAAGAGCCUGAAAAAGAUGAUGAACCAGAAUAUCUAAAAGAGAAGACAGUUAAGACAACGAAUUUAGACAGUAAUGACCCCAAAGAAAUAACUGCUCAAGGAAUUUUUAAGAAUAAUAAAGCUAAUGCUAAAUUAGGUGAAGAAAGAUUAUCUCAGCAGAAGGCUAUAGACUCAGAGAGUGAACACCCCCCAACUGAAAGCCCAGUUCAGUCUUUAUUUAAGACUCCUAAGCUUUACUCAAGGCAGGAGUCUCAACAGUCAACUCAAAGUAAAGCAGAGGUUGAACUUGAUCCAAAAGGUUUAUUUAGAAAAGAUGCUACUAAGAAUACUUACCUAGUGACUUCACCUUCAGAUGAGAAUGAAGUGAAUUGGAAGAAAGAAGUUGAAGCCACUCUGAAAAGGCUUUCUCCUGAAGAUAGUGAAAGUGACCAGAGUACUUUAUCUCGAAAUGUAGGACAGUCAACUGUAAGAAGGAAUUCUGGAGGUCCACUACCUAUUACUCGCAGUUAUAGAAAGUUCACUUUCAAUAAGGAUGGCUCUUGUGUAACAGAAACAGGUAAGGUUUACACAACACCUGCAGCAGACGGUUCGUGGACGAAAGUAGAGAAGAAGACAAGGAUUACAAAAAAACCAAACCAAAAUGAUGAUGACUUUGAUAAAAUAGAACAUUUACAGUUUAGAGAAACGUCCGAUAUCCAAAGAUCAGAUAGUGAGAGCUCAUCAGGAUCAAAUGAUAUAUUUGAUGAUAUCUUUGACACAUGGACUGGAGAUAGUAUGGUUUCUAGCUUUAUGAAAAACACUUUCAGCAAAAUAGCUAGGGAUCCAUUUUUCCAUAGGGAACGAAGGAGAGAUCCAUUUCGACAGAUGAGGAAAGAAAGAGAACAGAGAGUUAAUGAAUUCUUUGGGAGUGAACUAAGAAGUGGAAACUCGACUGACAGAGAUUCUUCAGACUUAGAAGAUGACUUUGAUGUUCAUUUUGAUGAUUCUCACCCUGUUAUGUAUGGGUCCCAGGGACUUUGGCAACUUCUGCAGUCUGUUAAUCGUAAUAUGAGUAGUCAGUUCAGAUCACUUGGGAGUCCUCGGCUCACCCCUCUAACCCACAGCUUAGGCCGAAGUUCCCAGGGAUUACGAGGUAGAGAUCAGUUUCAUCACAACGGUCAUUUAGGAAGGGAAUUCUCGUCAAUGACAAGAUCACUUAGCCGAGAGAGAAAUCAGUCUCCUAGAGAAACAGUCUUGAGAUUCGUUCUUGACCCCACGAGACGUCAGUCAUCCGUAAUUGCUAGUGAACCUUCAUCUCCAAGACUGAAGCCCGAUUCUUGGAAGUUCAAGGAUGGUUACUCUUCUGCAGCUGAGAACACUUUCCGUAGAGACAGUGGUGUAGAAAGCUGUGAUGGAUAUGAAUCUGAAUUCUCAGCAAGAACAUGUAAGCCAUCCAGCAGAUUUCAAGAUGACUCUGCAGUAGAUAAAGCAUCUUUAUAUGGAACCAUAAGGCCAAGAACAUAUCAACAGUAUAUCAAGUCCUUUACAAAAGAUUUGCCAAAAUCCAGUUCUUCAAGUAAUCCUUCAUCACCUAUUAGUGGUCAAAUAGUAACACAGGAGACUGGAUGUGAAUCUUCUCAAACAGAAGGAAUGCCUGAAAGUCGAAGAAAGAGAGUUGAACAAUGGCUGCACAUGUCUGACAGCUGUAAUGUGGAAAGUCCUUGUGGUGAAGUUUCAGAAAAUGACAAUAGAUACACCCGAUCACAGAGCAAAGAGAGUUCAGCUUCAGAUAGUGCUGUUGUGUAUGGAACAAUUCGUCCUAGAGGUUUCAUAAGAUACAAUCGUUCUAAAAGUGACAAGGCCGUUGAUCCUAUUGAACUAGUCAGUGGAACAGGGCUACAAGGAGAUAGGAAGUCCUAUAGCAUACAGAGCUUAGACAGAAAGGGUUUAGGAACUCAUAGCCAAAGGGCUUUAAGGUCCACAUUUAAAACAGUUUCUGAAAUACAAGUGAAUAAUGAACAAGAAAGUGAAAAUCAGCAUUGCAAAGUCCAAGCAGGUUCUCAUUCAGAUAGUUUGGGUAGUAAUGCAAGAUCUUCUGUAAAAAACCCUCAACAUACCUCUUCAGGACAAAUGCACUUUGUUAGAUCAUUGAGUGGCAGUCUUCAUCAGGAAGGUGGACAAAACAUUAGUGCAAUGCUUCCAUCUACUGGGCAAGGGCGACCCGUGUUUCAUAUGAGAUUUUCUUUCAACAGAAAUAAUCCAGAAGGUCAAGUUUUUGUUACUUCUCACCAAGAAGAGCACCAAGAACCAUUGGGCAGUAUCUGGCAACAACAAAAUACUGGAGAGCAACAUGGAGUUAACCAGAAGUUUAGUGAUCCAUUUUCUAAACCUUCCAGUUCAGUGAGGAAUGUCAUUACUCAGAGAACUCAGUCUCAGGCGAGUAGAGGCGAAAACACACAGCAUAUUACAGUAGAACUAGAAGACAAUAGAACAGCAAAGUCUUCUGAAAGAUGGACAAAGACAUCCUCUAGCAACAUAGCUGGGAUGUCUUCUGAUGGUAGCAGAGAUACAGACAGCAAGCAGAAAUUGGGUUCUUCCAAUCCAAGUGAGGUUCAAAGAGUUCAACUUAGUCUUUGGAUGCCGAGUUCUGAAGAAAAUCACUAGAUGGACGAUAAGAAUGCAAGUGAUAAAACGACAUAAUUUAAUUUGAGAACAGGUAGAUGUUAUUUUCCAGAACAUGGUAAAAUAAUAUGUCAUGGCUGUCUUCAUUUAUAUUUAAUAACUACUAUGAAAGAAAAUGAAAAAAAUUAUGAGUGCUUCAUUUUUUAUUGUACAUGUUACAUAUAAUUAAUAUUUACGGCAAUCAGUGCUAUCCUUCAACAAAGUAGACGCUUUCUGAUAUUUAAUGCUGGCCAUCUACCGUCAUAUCUGACAGUUUUUACAAACUAACGAUAUCGUCAAAGCUAUUAAACAAAACUUUUUAAGUAUCAAUUUCAUAACGACAAUCACAAAACUUAAUAUAUAAUAACGUGUAGACAUAUUUCGUCCAUUAUUUUAACGAAGAGCCAACGUAAAAAGCAGCAUUGCCAUCAUUUCUCGACAACGUGUGAAGGAUUUACUUUUAUGUCACAAAAAUUAGAUAAAAAAUCGUUGUUCAGUUUGUUUUUUGUUGUUACUCGUAUUGUUAUUUUUUAAAAGCACUAUCUGUGACGUAAUACGAGUUUGACGAUCGAGGAUAUUAAAUUUAUACCAUACUUAUAAACGUUUUUUUUUCCUUUCUUUCUAAGUUAAAUAUAUUGUGUUUCCAUUGAAUUAUGCAAGAGGUUUGAUGGUAUAAAUUUUGAAUUUUCAAUAAAUGUAACUUAGUUUUAGCAACUAAUAAAUUACUGUUUAUAACAUA